AUGAUCUCCACCACCGCCAUCGCGAACCCCCACCUGUCCACCAACUCACCCUCUUCCUCGAACACCUUCUUUGCCAAUCAUGGCGCCGUCGCCGGUCUCUUCUCCGGCAUCGGCGUCGCCCUCGUCGCCACCGCGCUCUUUCUCUCCAUCGCGAACCCCACCUGUCCACCGACUCGCCCUCUUCCUCAAACACCUUCUUCGCCAACCAUGGCGCCGUCGCCGGUCUCUUCUCCGGCAUCGGCGUCGCCCUCGUCGCCACCGCGCUCUUUCUCUCCAUCGCGAACCCCACCUGUCCACCGACUCGCCCUUUUCCUCAAACACCUUCUUCGCCAACCAUGGCGCCGUCGCCGGUCUCUUCUCCGGCAUGCCCUCGUCGCCGCCGCGCUCUUUCUCUUACUCUGUAUCCGCCGCCGCCCUCGCACGCGGCGGCUCCAACACGACUAA